AUGGCCUCCCGUCUCGCUAUCCGCUCGCUCCGGGUGGCGCGCCCCGCCGUCGUGCCCCGUGCCCUUGUCGCCGCGCGCGGUUACGCUUCGCAGCCUACCCCCGACGAGAAGGCCGCCGAGAUCAUCAACAAGGUGCCCUCGUCGUCGCUGUUCACCAAGACGGCUGGUGUUCUCGGUAUCACCGGUCUCUCGGCCGCUGCCAUCUCGAAUGAGCUCUACGUCGCCAACGAGGAGACCGUUCUCGCCGCUGCGUUCUUGAUCAUCUUCUACGCGAUCGCCAAGAACAUUGGCGCGCCCUACACCUCGUGGGCCAACGGCCACAUUGACCGCAUCCGCGGCAUCCUGAACGGCGCGCGUGAGCAGCACACUGCCGCCGUGUCUCAGCGCCUCGACGGCCUCGAGUCCCUCAAGGACGUUGUUCCCCUCACUGAGCAGCUCUACGCCGUUGCCAAGGAGACCAACCAGCUCGAGCACUCCAACUUCCUCCUCGAGCAGGAGGCCGCCGUCAAGGGCGAGCUCAAGGCUGUCCUCGACUCGUGGGUCCGCUACGAGCAGCAGGCGCGUGAGGCCGAGCAGACCGCGCUCGUCAAGACCGUCUCGGACAGCAUCAACGCUGAGCUCGCCAAGCCCGCCUUCAAGAAGGCGCUCCUCGACGAGGCCAUUGCCAACGUCGAGGCUAUUGCCAAGCGCGCUUAA